AUGGCAAUGACAGAUGAUCAUCAAAAUGGUCCUCCUUUGUCUCCUGCGAAGGUGGAUGGGGAAGGAGACACAAGUCCUCUUCUUUCGCUGGUUAAGCUGACAAAGAGUGGUUUGCUUCUAUUUACCUUCCCCAAAAGCACUUCUCCUGACGUUGCUGAUAGAUACUGUAUCAAAAAUUAUUCAUUCUGCGGAAUCCGGGAGUUGUGGUUCACCCCUGAAGCUUAUAAUGCUGGAGAUUACAUCAAUGCUGUUGUUUGUAGACAGAAAGCAGAAAAUAUAAGUAGUGUAGUGUACCCCGAUAACCGUUUGUUUCAGGACCUCUAUGAGCUGUGGCCUCAGAAACUUCAAUGCAAGACAACUAGUGUCACCCACGUAUAA